AUGGCAGAAUCAUUUACUCAGCCCCUGAAACGUAUAGUUCGAUCAUGAGGAUCAUAAAUCUAGGAAAGGAUUCUAUCUCUUCAUCGCUAAAAUUCUCUCCAGACCACGUAAAAUGACAAGGACACGAAAACGGACCCACGAGCAAAGUUCAGCAGCAAACGAGGAUGAUAUACUGAAUAGAUGAUCCACUCGUUGGCCUCGUCAGGGUUGGGUUAGAAGCUCGCGCAACCCGAUGGCCAGGUAAUUGACCUACUAAACACCACCAAACCUGAACAAUAUCUUACCAACAUUCAUACAGCGAACGUUAUCAACCUAUGUUUCGCAUUCCUUAUGCCAUACAAGGGCGCCCAUGUGCAUGACUCCCACUCCAUUUUUGUAAAAGCCUCUUUGUGUAAAGCCGCACCCCUUGCAUACAACAAGCAAAUAAACGGCUUGUUCCAACAUUCUUCAUUGAAUUUAAGCCUAUACGGUCCCUAUGUCCGAAACGGCAAGAGAUUGGGUCAUGGGCUUCCCGCGCAUCCAUACGUCAGCUUGCUGUGCCAGCAAUGGACUGAGUACUUAAGCUACUGGGACGCCAUCCAAUCAUGUCUUAUGAUUCCUCAAGGCAUUAUGUGGAUCAGAGGUUGCGCACGUGCAGCUUUGGUCGGCGUGGCCGACCAUCCUACGCAGUGCGCACGCAAGCCGAGGUGCAGCGACUCUGCCACUUUGCCAACGUAUCAGUGUCCGAGACCGGUACCGCCGACACGUCAUCCAUGCUCGUCGAUUCACAACCAGCCCGCGAUAGCGUAGGGAAUGUAGAGCCAUCCCGCGGCACAGGUGUGCAGGGUGCCGCAGAAGUCCGUGUGGCGAAUACACACGAUGGCUGCGUGCGUGGCGACGUCAGCGAUACCGCACCGGCUGUGCUGGAAAGCGCGCUCCUCGACUACAAGUCUCAGAACCCUAACGCGAGCGAUGAGGAUGCCAUCCAUCACAUUCUCAAGCACAAGCUGCCGGCAACGUUGCCCAACACGCCUGCAUGGCACCGCAGCAACCUCCAAGAUUUGUUGUGCAUGGUGGACCGCUUUGGCAUGCCGUCGUUCUUCCUCACGCUUACAACCGAUGAAGUGUCUGCCACACGCUGGCCCGAAGUGCAGUCGCUGGAGCAAAAGCUGCAGGACUUCUGUGCUGGCUUCACAUGGCAAGACGCCCCAGCUGAGAACGCAUUCAUCGCCCACAAGCGCGUGCAGUCCUUCAUGACUGACGUGCUGAAGGCAGGCCGGGGGGCAGUCCACACAAAUGCAGAGUUCAACGUGCUCCUGGCCGAGGCCCGAAAGUACAGGGACGAGUUCCUGGAGCAGCACCACGUCAAGCCCGCCAGCACGUACUUGUACAACAUCACGGCGGCAAUACACGAAGGCGACAUGCCGGACCGUGCGACCGCGACGCAUGCGGAGGUCAUGCAGCUAUGGAUCGCGGCUGCCGGCAGCCUGCGAGCUGAUACCGCAAUAGAGCUUAUUUAUGACUACGGCAUGGACGCGGGCACCGUCCUCAAGACGGACCAGGACUUCGCGCGCUCGGUGCUGACGGCCGCGCAGCAGGCGCGAGCGUCGGGCGCCCUCCUGACCACAACCACGCCAGCCAAGCGAGCCGCAAGCAGCCCCGCCGAGCCAGAUUCCAGUGCCUCCCCCCGCACAGUGUAUGUCGGCCAGUCCCGGGACCCUCAACGUCGCUUCCAGGCUCAUGCCCGCAACCCACCCAGCCGGAUGAAGGAGGACGCCAGCCGCUACCAACCCUUCCAUGACCACUUCUCGCUCACGCGCCUCAUGUCCACCGCCAAUCCUGCACUGGCCCAACGGAUGGAGGCCUUCUACAUCGCGCAGUUCAAGGCUCGGGGGCCAGGCGGCUACAAUGUGCUGUGCGGGCCGCCUUCCGCCAGCCCGGCCUUCUACGCGAUGAGGCGGCAACGCGCGGGCAGCGCCCACACGCCCACCGCCGUCACAGCCCAAGACAAUGAUGAUGACGCCCCAGACACGCUCGCCUAGCCCACACAGCACCUGGACGCCACGCGCUUGACGGAUUGGGUCGCGCGAAUUCAGCGUUACGCUUCCCGACCUUGAGCAGUGCUGUUUCAUUAGGGCACGAUCACCCUUAGGCCUUCAUUCCCGGUGCAUACUUUUCCGACCUUAACUCGUGUGUGUACGGAAUCUGCUGCCCUUACGGACGGCAGCGCUUGGGAUGGUCUAUUGCGUGAGGUUUGAGGAUAGGGGGGGGCUCCUUGCGCUUCUCCGUAUGUCCGCUCUUCGAGUGCUCGGGGGCAAGUUGGCCGCGUGCAAAGCACCCAUCCUUUCCACUGUUCCGGCAUGGCCAUCCACGCGCCAUAAGGAUCUUUACUCUAGGACUUCUCCUUUGUUCCUCCUUCUCGGCACAGAAACGACGGAGGUGUCAUGUACGCGCGCUGUACCUGUGCUGCUGUUCUUUUCUUCGGGUUGUAGUUCCUGUGCUUCUGGCAAUCUCGCGCCCGCAACGACUGACUGCAAGUACAUUGCGCCGUGCGCCAAACGCCGUGUAAGACUCGUGUGCAACC